ACUUCUCAUAGUCCUCCCUGUACAUACGCUAAACUCUUUACUAGCGAGGCCCCUACCACCUUGCAAUGGAUGCAAGCCACUAAUAAAGCAAGAAUCUUAGGCGGAUAAGCAGACCGCUCCUCGCAUAGACUGGAAAUCACCAAAGUGAAAGAAUUUUUUCAGCAGGACAUACAUAUUCAAUGAUGCCACUGCAACACCCCCUUUGCCUCGGGCCCAUUUGACGCCCAUAUCAGUGAAGAGUUUGCCAGUGGCACGUAUCUCUGCGCCCCCGACCGCUGGCACGAAGCACCUGCUGACGCCGGAUGACUGGAUGGCCUGUGUCGUCGAUUUGCCGCUCGAAUUACUCGAACACAUCUUAUACAUGUUGGAUCCCUUGGACGUCUCGCGGAUUGCUCAGUCCAAUCGGUUCUUUCGCAAGAUCCGGUUCUGGCGAGGUCUGUACCUUGCCCUGCCGUUGGACGACCCACGAGACUCGGUGACAUACCUUGGCAACCCGCGCCUAAGGACAGGGACAUCUGCCAUGGGUAGUGCGAUGGCAAUCGAAGAAACCCAAAUAGACACUAGCAACGUUAACCCGUCCAGUUCCGUGGAACCAAGCGAUAUCGAUUGGCAAGGAGAGCUGCAAAGAAUCAUACGUGCACGCACCGUCGUGCGAAAUCCACAGCUGUCCCGGAAGGGAGAGUGGAAAGAAGUGCUAACGACGCUACUCGAACUCGCGACGACGCUUCCGCCGGUGCCAUUUGCAGAGAGCGAGUGUGCUUCUCGAAAUGUCGCCUGGGUGCAGCGUCUCUUGCAAGAUGGUGCAUUUCUGGAUAUUGAAUCAACGAUGGAUGAUCAAGACGAUCAGGCCGGACACAGGUUCGAAAAGGCAGGUGAAGGAAGUGGGAUGACUCCGCAUCGGGCUGGGAGGGACAACCGGAUGCCGGCGUACCAGCGCCCGGAUCUGACGGCUGAAGAGUCACAGAUGCUGGCGCGACUUCACACAUGGGUUGGACUGACACAGAGGGACGUUACUCGGCCCCGGGCCCGAGUUGCAUCACGGGCUUUUGUGUACGACCUGCGCAACUUCGGGAGCAAGAACCUGUUUGGGCCGUUCAUGCUAGAUGGGACCAUGCGCGUAGACUGGAAGUGUAUGUGGGCGCUCGCACAUGUUUAUGGAAUGAAGUGGAUUGAAAUGGAAAAAGAAGAGACGGGCGACUACAGUGAUCGCGAUGUGGAUAUGGACAUGAACAACGAGUGGUACAGUUGCCCGCUAAGCUUGCCAUUUUGUCAGAGCGUCAUACCGCCGGGCAUGAACCUCGAUACGGAGCUAGACUGGGCUGGUGUCGAGGGGCUGUGGUAUGUUGGGUACUCCUUUCUCGAUCACAGGGAAUUUUUGAGUAAGGAUUUCAUUCUUUUCUACUGUCUUCCUUGUGUUGUUUCCCCCCGCCUACUUUCAUCUCUGACUGGUCGGGACGAUAUUCUGACCAAAGGCUCCUGCUUAUGUUUGACAGUUUACAAUUAUUCCUCCCUUAGCGAUGCACUCGACACAUCCAUUUUUGAAGGCGACGAUGUUCCCGAGAUGCAUGCCUCCGUGACCAUGUACUUCCGUGUGAUCAGCACUGAACACGAUCCGGACCACCCUACACGCCCCAAGAUCAAUUAUGCCGGUGAACUUGACGGCCAGUUCUCAGUGGUCGGGUACGUCAAGCUCACAUCCGACGACCAAACCUGGUGGCAUUUUGCAGGCGGGAAUGGUGAUCAACCCGUAUGGAAUUGCGAGGGGGUUGGUCUUGGCGGUGUACGGUCCCAGGCUGGCGUACUUGGCACCUGGUCGACCGUCUUCCAUGACGCUGAAGACCCUGUUGGGCCGCUCUGGAUGCGCCGUCAGAAGUUCAUUGUGGAUUGACGUGAACAUAACACCAGUUAGAGGUUUCCAACCACCGUUUUUGUUGGCAUCUGUUGGUUUUGUAGGGUCUGUUGUCCUUCGGUACCUGGGUCCGGAUCGGGGUUGACAUUGAUCUAUGUUGUAACGAUAUACUGGUUCUUAGGGUGUAGGUGCGUUGGGUUGUGCUCUGUCGUCCGCAUGACAUACAUUUAUUUAUAUACCCUACACAUGUUGUAUUUACCUGCCUGCAUUCACAAAACUCGUGACAGAUUGGUCUCGAUACCAUUCACUCACAAACACGCCACAAGAAGU